CGCGAACGGACACUGAGUUUAUUAGGAAACAAUUCAAUGUCAGAGGUGCGUGCUCUCCUCCAACUUGCAGCUUCGGCUGCAGUUGAUGGCAUCUGUUCAGCUUCAACACCUUUUCUUCUUUUUGCGGAUCUUGUCAACACUAAACCCAUCGUCGAAGCUGAAGAGAAUUUUCACUUUCUGGAAGAGACGAUCAAGGCAUCUUUAUUCGGUUCUGGACGAAACACUCUUUUGCGCAUGUGCAACGACCUUCUGCGUCGAUUAUCCAAGUCUCAGAACACUGUGUUUUGCGGCCGAAUCCAACUUUUCCUGACUAGUCUCUUCCCUUUAAACGAAAAAUCUGGCCUAAAUUUCACAUCUAACUUUAAUCUCGAAAAGGAAGUUGCCUUUAGUCGUAAUCUUUUCCAUUCUCUCACGAUGAGCGAUGAAGCUCUACUGGAAGCGGACUCGGCCACUCCUGUAAACGCAGACCUCUAUCGGCGUUUUUGGACUUUACAAGAGCUCCUAAAAGCGCCCACCCAUUGCUAUACGCGUGAGGGGUGGAUCUCCUUUGUGGAGUGUACCGAGUGCGUCAUAGGCACUUUUCAGAGUAUCCGAAUGACUAACGGUUGUGGUUGUGAGGCGCGUUGGCAACAGUUCACCAUGUACUUAACCAGUGAAAAGCUGUUGGACUUGCAGCUCAUGGACUCGAAUUUUCGUCGCUAUAUACUGACCCAACUACUGAUAAUAUUUCAGUAUCUCACUGCACAGGUGAAGUUCAAAAAUCAGCGUUUGGACGAAAGCCAGACGCGCUGGAUACAAACACAGCAGGAGGCAAUUGCUGGACUACUUCGUAGAGACGCUGACGUUUCCUCACUGUCGUCCCCCAACGUUACUCAGGGCGUUGUCGACCACAUUCUUAAUCGCGAAACACAUUGGAAUCAGUGGAAGAAUCAAGGCUGCCCCUCUUUCAUCAAAGAGCCUGAAAAACCGGCCAUGACACCUAGAAAACGACGGACAAAUCCCCUACAAGAUCGAUUUGGGAAUAGUGAUUUGGAUGAACUGUGGUCAGCAUGUCCUGACAAUUUGGAGUCGUGCCGCGACAAGCAACGUCUAUUCCGACCACCCGAAUUGCAAACCUACUUCCAAGAUGCCAUUCUUGAGUUGGACCCCAGGGAAAAAGUUGAAGAACAGUACAGGUACAUGUUACAGGAAAUUUUAUUUGCAACAUUGAAGUUUAUAAAUGUGAAUGCUGUGUUUCACAUAAGCGGUAACAUUCUAUGA